CCGCGUUUGAACGCGGGGCGGCGGCGGGACCGACUGGGUGGCUGAGGACUGGCUGUGGGCUCCAGAGUUCUCCCUUUCCCUUCCCCUUUCUCUUAGCUUACAGUGUGUACAGCCCUUGGAGCUGACCCACCAUGUGUUUACACUCCUGAGACAUCAAGAGAGGCUGUGCUGCAAUAAGAACAGGAUGUUAUUUUGAUGGUACUCCAGAAAUUUAGAAAUGGUGAAGGGGAUGCUGCUAACGGCGCAUUAUAAGAAAUUGGUCUACAGGAUGAAAAUCUUGACUGCAGUCUACGCGGGCUAGAGGCGCUGUGCGAAUGGCAGUGUUUUAGUCCUUUCCUGGAUCCUUUGCCUCCCUGUAAAUCAGCCCUGGCUCUGCCAUGAGUACCUCAUCCCUGCCAUUUGUGGUUGGAGCAAACACUGUGGAAGACCAGCGGGCUCGCUGGGAGAGAAAGCGCGGCAGGACAGCCAAAGAGCUGCUGGAAACUGAAUACAAAUACCUCGAGCAGCUGGAUUUGGUGCUCACAUACUUUGUGACAAUUUUAAAGGCCAAAGGGACACUGAAACCUGCUGUGUUGGAAACUAUAUUUGGACCCCUGGAGUCCUUAUAUUCAGCAAGCCAUGUUCUGUCACUUCACCUGGAGAAAGGGAAUUUGGGAGCAGGACUGGAAAAUUUUUGUCAGAGUCUGGAUCUUUAUGGCCACUAUGCUGAGAAUUUGGAGCAGACCAAUAAAACCUUGAAGGAGCAAGUGAGGAAAAAUAAGUCAUUCCGGCGGUUUAAGAAACUCCAGGAGACUCGGCCUCAGUUUCAAGGGAGGGAGCUAGAGGAUCUGCUUUGUUUGCCCCUGCAGAGGCUGCACCAGUACAAGCAUUUCUUCAGAGACCUGCUGGAGAACACCAGCCCAGACACUGCUGACUACCAGAAACUUGCAAAGACGGUGAAAUCUGUUUGUGAGGUAUCUCACUGGGUCCAAGACGUCUUUGAUAAGAGAGAGAAUUCCUUGCAGCUACUUCGGGUUCAAAAAUUGCUUAAAGGACGAAAGACUCAGGUUUUGACUCCAGGGCGCUGGUAUAUCCGGGAAGGCUGGCUUUUGGUGGUGCCUUCAAAGGGAGAAGAACUGAAGCGCAGGAUGUUCUUCCUAUUCUCUGAUAUCCUCAUUGCAGCGAAGCCCUGCCACCCACUGCACCCACUGAACUCCAACAAACUGUCCUGCCAGGCUGUCUACCCGCUCCAGCAGUGCUCCGUGGAUAAAGUGUUUGGCCACACAUGGAGCCAGGGAGGGCUCCUCAGUCUUUCCUUUCCGCACAAGACACUACUGUUGAUGUCCAGCAACCAAGAAGAGAUCAAUGACUGGUACCGGAGUCUCACCACUGCAGUCAGGCAGCUGAAAGCCUGACUCUCCCGAGUACAAGACAGACUGGCAGGACAACCACCCUUAAGACAGAAGCUUCCACUAUUUUAUAAAAUGUUCAGGGACAUAUAGUAGCACUGAAUUGAAAAGAACUACACAAUGUGUUUGUGACGAUGAAUGCUUUGUUAGCUGCACUAAUGUUCAUACAGAUACUGCCAAAAAUGCAUUUGUAUGUAAAAAAAAAAAAAACCUGUAUCAAGGAUUUUCCCCGAUUUAGCUUAGAAGCUUCUAGAUUUUUUGUACUUGAGUAAGCUCAGAUUAUUAACUUAAGGUCAAACAAAUGAGAGUAUGACUUGUUUUCUCUCAUUAAAUGCUUUGUUAAAGGUAUUUUUGUAUUUUAUUAAAGCUUUAGCAUGGACAUUUAGUAAUGUGGAAGUUGUGCAGCAGUUUGGUUCAGAAAACCAAUUUGAAUAUGGUAAACUCCAAAGAGAACCAUUUCAAGGUUCUUAGAAACAUAAAGUUGGUCUGAACACUGACGUUAUAUAGCAGUUUGACUGGUUUUUUCUUCUUCCUUGAGCAGUACCACCCAUCUUUAAUUUCUCACUGGCAUUUAUUAAAAUAGAACUGGUACUGUGUGAGGCAAGUGUCUUGAAUAGAGAAUACAUAAUGGGGCUUCUCUGUCUUUCCAUACAAUUAGCUUGCUACACAGGGCCACUUAUUUAAAUCUCGUUUGUGAA